AUGGAAAAGACAUACAACCCACAAGAUAUCGAACAGCCGCUUUACGAGCACUGGGAAAAGCAGGGCUACUUUAAGCCUAAUGGCGAUGAAAGCCAGGAAAGUUUCUGCAUCAUGAUCCCGCCGCCGAACGUCACCGGCAGUUUGCAUAUGGGUCACGCCUUCCAGCAAACCAUCAUGGAUACCAUGAUCCGCUAUCAGCGCAUGCAGGGCAAAAACACCCUGUGGCAGGUCGGUACUGACCACGCCGGGAUCGCUACCCAGAUGGUCGUUGAGCGCAAGAUUGCCGCAGAAGAAGGUAAAACCCGUCACGACUACGGCCGCGAAGCUUUCAUCGACAAAAUUUGGGAAUGGAAAGCGGAAUCCGGCGGCACCAUUACCCGUCAGAUGCGCCGUCUCGGCAACUCCGUCGACUGGGAGCGUGAACGCUUCACGAUGGACGAAGGCCUGUCCAAUGCGGUGAAAGAAGUUUUCGUUCGUCUGUAUAAAGAAGACCUGAUUUACCGUGGCAAACGCCUGGUAAACUGGGAUCCGAAACUGCGCACCGCUAUCUCUGACCUGGAAGUGGAAAACCGCGAAUCGAAAGGUUCGAUGUGGCACAUCCGCUAUCCGCUGGCUGACGGCGCGAAAACCGCAGACGGUAAAGAUUAUCUGGUGGUUGCGACUACCCGUCCGGAAACCCUGUUGGGCGAUACCGGCGUGGCCGUUAACCCGGAAGAUCCGCGUUACAAAGACCUGAUUGGCAAAUAUGUCAUUCUACCGCUGGUUAACCGUCGUAUUCCGAUCGUUGGCGACGAACACGCCGACAUGGAAAAAGGCACCGGCUGCGUGAAAAUCACUCCGGCGCACGACUUUAACGACUAUGAAGUGGGUAAACGUCACGCGCUGCCGAUGAUCAACAUCCUGACCUUUGACGGCGAUAUCCGUGAAAGCGCCCAGGUGUUCGAUACCAAAGGUAACGAAUCUGACGUUUAUUCCAGCGAAAUCCCGGCAGAGUUCCAGAAACUCGAGCGUUUUGCUGCACGUAAAGCAGUCGUUGCUGCGGUUGACGCACUCGGCCUGCUGGAAGAAAUUAAACCGCACGACCUGACCGUUCCUUACGGCGACCGUGGCGGCGUAGUUAUCGAACCAAUGCUGACCGACCAGUGGUACGUGCGUGCCGAUGUACUGGCGAAACCGGCGGUUGAAGCGGUUGAGAACGGCGACAUUCAGUUCGUACCGAAGCAGUACGAAAACAUGUACUUCUCCUGGAUGCGCGAUAUUCAGGACUGGUGUAUCUCUCGUCAGCUGUGGUGGGGUCACCGUAUCCCUGCAUGGUACGACGAAGCAGGUAACGUUUAUGUUGGCCGCAACGAAGAAGAAGUGCGCAAGGAAAAUAACCUCGGUGCCGACGUUGCCCUGCGUCAGGACGAAGACGUUCUCGACACCUGGUUCUCUUCUGCACUGUGGACCUUCUCUACCCUUGGCUGGCCGGAAAACACCGACGCCCUGCGUCAGUUCCACCCAACCAGCGUGAUGGUAUCCGGCUUCGACAUCAUCUUCUUCUGGAUUGCCCGCAUGAUCAUGAUGACCAUGCACUUCAUCAAAGAUGAAAAUGGCAAACCGCAGGUGCCGUUCCACACUGUUUACAUGACCGGUCUGAUUCGUGACGACGAAGGCCAGAAGAUGUCCAAAUCCAAGGGUAACGUUAUCGACCCGCUGGAUAUGGUUGACGGUAUUUCGCUGCCAGAACUGCUGGAAAAACGUACCGGCAAUAUGAUGCAGCCGCAGCUGGCGGACAAAAUCCGUAAGCGCACCGAGAAACAGUUCCCGAACGGCAUUGAGCCGCACGGCACCGAUGCCCUGCGCUUCACCCUGGCGGCGCUGGCGUCUACCGGUCGUGACAUCAACUGGGAUAUGAAGCGCCUGGAAGGUUACCGUAACUUCUGUAACAAGCUGUGGAACGCCAGCCGCUUUGUGCUGAUGAACACAGAAGGUCAGGAUUGCGGCUUCAACGGCGGUGAAAUGACGCUGUCGCUGGCGGACCGCUGGAUUCUGGCAGAGUUCAACCAGACCAUCAAAGCGUACCGCGAAGCGCUGGACAGCUUCCGCUUCGAUAUCGCCGCAGGCAUUCUGUAUGAG